CCAGCGCGCUCUUUCGGAUAGGCUAUGCGGCACGGGGGGUGCUACCGUGCACUGUUUUUAACCUCCCGCCACCUGUUUCAUCUCCCUCCGUACCUUAUCCUGCGCACACCUCCGCCAUGGCAAUGCUCGCAUUUCCAAAAGCCCUCUCCGCUAUAAAAACCCACGGAACUCAUUUCCCGUUUUUCUACGGCCUAAACCAAAACCCUAGCCGAUUAUCCAAGCUCCUCCCUCGCUGUUCCUCACCUCUGUUCAGGAAAACCGGAGUCUUAGCAGUAAGCACUUCCACAACAUCUCCCCGCCAAACGGAAGAACCGAAACCAAACGCCGCAGCUUCCAUCCCCACGUUUCAGCAGGCGAUUAAGCGUCUCCAGGACUAUUGGGCUUCUGUCGGAUGUGCUGUAAUGCAAUGUAGCAACACGGAGGUUGGAGCUGGAACUAUGAAUCCCCUGACUUUUUUGAGAGUUCUCGGUCCGGAACCAUGGAAUGUUGCGUACGUGGAACCCAGCAUACGACCAGACGAUAGUCGUUAUGGGGACAACCCGAAUAGGCUCCAACGCCACACUCAGUUCCAGGUUAUAUUAAAGCCAGAUCCUGGAAAUUCACAAGACCUUUUUAUUCGGAGCUUAUCCGCACUAGGUAUUAAUGUGAAUGAACAUGAUAUACGUUUUGUGGAGGACAACUGGGAAAGUCCGGUUCUUGGGGCUUGGGGAUUGGGCUGGGAAAUUUGGAUGGAUGGGAUGGAGAUUACACAAUUCACAUACUUCCAGCAGGCUGGAAGUCUUCAAUUGCUGCCCAUUUCUGUGGAAAUUACUUAUGGCCUUGAGCGUAUCCUCAUGUUGCUUCAGGGGGUUGAUCAUUUCAAGAAAAUUCAAUACGCUGAAGGAAUUACUUAUGGUGAACUGUUUUUGGAGAAUGAGAAGGAAAUGAGUGCAUAUUAUUUGGAGCAUGCUGCAGUUAAUAAUAUCCAAAAACACUUUGAAAUUUUUGAAGAAGAAGCUCGCUCCUUACUUUCAUUGGGCCUUGCAAUUCCUGCGUAUGACCAGCUUCUAAAGACUUCUCAUGCUUUCAAUAUUUUGGAUUCAAGAGGAUUUGUUGGUGUAACUGAACGGGCUCGAUAUUUUGGUCGCAUGCGCAGUUUAGCCCGCCAAUGUGCACAACUUUGGGUAAAGACAAGAGAGUCUCUUGGGCAUCCACUAGGGUUCUUUACUGAACCCAAUAAUCUCAUUUGCUCCAAAGAAAUUCUUCAGGCAGAAAUGCGGAAGGUAACUGAGGAUCCAAGGAUAUUUGUUCUUGAAAUUGGAACAGAAGAGAUGCCACCUCAAGAUGUAAUUGACGCAAGCCAGCAGCUUAAAAGUUCAAUCAUACAAUUACUAGAAAAACAAAGAGUGAGCCAUGGGGAGGUGUUGGCAUGUGGUACUCCACGCAGAGUAGUGGUUCUUGUCGAGGGGCUUAGUUCUAAGCAAUUGGAAAAUGAAGUUGAGGUUCGGGGACCUCCAGUGGCGAAGGCAUUUGACCAACAGGGAAAUCCUACUAAGGCUGCUGAGGGUUUUUGCCGCAAAUAUUGCGUACCCCUGGACUUUCUUUUUAAGAAAGCUGAUGGGAAGAUGGAGUAUGUUUAUGUUCAUUUGAAGGAAUCUGCGCGACUUACCUUAGAGGUAUUGGCUGAAGAUUUGCCUGAUAUUAUAGCUAAAAUUUCAUUUCCAAAGACAAUGCGUUGGAACUCCCAGAUCAUGUUUAGUAGGCCUAUUCGCUGGCUUUUGGCACUCCAUGGAGAUGCAGUUGUGCCAUUUACGUUUGCAGGGAUUUUGAGUGGAAAAGAAACAUGUGGCCUGCGGAAUUCUUCUUCAGCUAUUAUUGAGGUACAAAGCGCAGAGUCUUAUUUAGAUAAUAUGAAGAAAGCAGGAAUUUUGAUUGAAAUUGAGGACCGUAAGAAAAGAAUUUUACAGCACUCCAAUUCUUUAUCUGGAAGUGUUGGUGGGAAUCUUAUUGUUCAGAAUAAUUUACUUGAGGAGGUUGUGAAUCUUGUUGAAGCACCAGUUCCAAUACUUGGGAGGUUUGACGAAACCUUCUUAGAGCUUCCAGAAGAUUUACUAAUCAUGGUUAUGCGCAAGCACCAGAAGUAUUUUCCUGUGGCCAAUAAAUCUAAUGGGAAGCUCCUACCAUUCUUCAUUGCUGUGGCUAAUGGAAUAAUUGAUGAGAUGGUGGUACGAAAAGGGAAUGAAGCUGUACUCAGAGCUCGCUAUGAGGAUGCUAGGUUUUUCUAUAAGGUGGACACAAAUAAAAAAUUUGCUGAAUUUCGAGGUCAACUGAAUGGGAUUCUUUUUCAUGAGAAGCUUGGAACGAUGCUGGACAAGAUGGUACGUGUCCAAAAGACUGUUGGUAAAUUAAGCUUGGCUAUGGGCAUGGAUGAAAAUGUGUUCCCUGUUGUUCAAGAUGCUGCAGCAUUGGCUAUGUCAGAUCUUGCUACUGCUAUUGUUACUGAGUUCACCUCCCUUUCUGGAAUAAUGGCACGCCAUUAUGCUCUGAGGGAUGGUCACUCAGUUGAGAUUGCAGAGGCCUUAUUUGAAAUUACACUGCCAAGGUUUUCUGGGGAUAUACUUCCAAAAACUGACGCAGGGAUUGUGUUAGCAAUUGCUGACAGACUAGACAGUCUGGUUGGCUUAUUUGGAGUCAGCUGUCAGCCAAGUUCCACAAAUGAUCCUUUUGGCCUGCGAAGAAUCUCUUAUGGGCUUGUCCAAGUGUUGGUGGAAAAUAACAAGAACUUGGAUCUAAGAAAUGCUUUGAGACUUGCAGCAGAUGUUCAGCCAAUGGGGGUCGAUACCGGUAUUAUAAAUGAUGCACAUCAAUUUGUCACGCGGAGACUAGAGCAACUUCUGGUGGAUAAGAGGAUAAGUUCUGAAAUAGUCCGUUCUGUUCUUUCAGAGCGUGCAAAUUGGCCAUGCCUGGCUGCACAGUCAGCUGUUAAAAUGGAUGCCUUGUCCAGAGGUGAGCUUUUCCCAAAAGUUGUUGAAGCAUAUUCGCGACCAACAAGAAUUAUCCGCGGGAAGGAUUUGGAUGUUGAUAUGGAGUAACAAAGAAUUUUAUUAAAGAGAGCGCUGAGAAAGAUGGUGCAAAAAAGCUACUAGCCAAAAAAGGAAAGGAGCACUCUUUCAACAUUACCAUACUAGUGACCCACUCCGCCCUAUUGCUCUCAUUUCUAAAGCAUGUCUCAUUCAUUUCUCCCCAAAUAGUCCAUAUGCCAGCCAACAAACGAGCCUUCUCGUAGUCACACCCUAGAUACACCUGUUUCCAGAGAGACUCUUAAGAUCAGAGUCUCUUUCUUAAACAUAUUCUUUAAAGAGCCCUAGCUUGCAUUGGGAGACCCACUCCAUGCCAAGCCAUGAAUAGCCUGCCAACUGAACUUGGCAUUGUCCAAGCGAUAUUGAAACUCCUAAGAAAGCCGUCCCAAACUUGACGCCAACUGAUAUUUUCUUAAAGUUAUUAGUGGUCCUGCAGUAAUGGAGAUUGGAGCAUCCUAUGCAAACAAUAAUUUUCAUUUUAACCACUUUUUGCAACCUUAAGUUUUGAACAUUACCUUAGUAGUAACAGCAAGUAGAUCCAACCAUAGAAAUAGUAUUCUUGAGAAACUCUUUUGGUCAUGUAAAUGAGAAACUCUUUUCUUUGAGCUAAAGAGGUAUGUUUGACACUUUGAAAAAUGAGAUAUUGUUUGUGAUUUUUGAUUAUCGUUCAUGUGGAUCUAUUCAUUAUAAGUAUCUUUUACAUUCCAACUAAUAGUAUACUUU